AUGAACCCAGGACCCGCCCCUCGUCCUCCCACCGACCGUCCCCGUCUCGCUCUCACCCCCAACGUUAACAAUGUUGCCGGCAACAUGAGCCAAUUGAGCCUGCAGUCACCUGGCCCUGCCGGUUCCACAACUUCUCUACAGCGCUCCAUGACCGACUUUGGCUCGUCUCGCAAUGAGUCGUCGGCCGUCAAGUCUGGCUGGGCCAAGGUCAAGGAGGAGGGUGGUUUCAUGAAGGGUGUCUUCUGGUCCGAGAAGUUCCUCGUCCUCAGAGAAAAGGCCCUCGACUUCCAAAAGAGCGACACUACCCCCAAGAUCUCCUUCUCGAUCCCCCUCAAGGAUGUCCUCAACAUCACCAGAUCCGAGACCAUCCCCUUUUCUUUCGAGUUGACCCGAGGCACGCCCGGAAAUGAGAAGAUGGUCAUCUGCAAGUUCGAGACGGACAACGAUGUCUACGGCUGGAUCGAUGUCAUUUACAACAAGAGUCCCACCAUGGGCGGUGUCAGCCACCCCACCUCGUUCGCCCACCGCAUCCACGUCGGCUUCGAUCCUGUCACUGGAGGUUUCGUCGGCCUUCCUGUGGAAUGGCAGAAGCUGCUUAACAGUUCAGCGCUGACGACGGAUGACAUGGCCAAGAAUCCUCAAGCUGUUGUUGAGGCUCUCGAAUUCUACACAAGCAAGCUCCAGAAGAGAGCAGACGACCCCAAGCAAUACCCCAGCCUGACCCCCACCCCUCCAAUUGACGCUUACGGCAACAAGCAACUGGGCCACGGAAACGGCAUUGCUCCUCCCCGUCCUCAACCUCCUGCUGCCUACACUAGAAAGGAGAGCUACAGCUCCACCCGCAACGUCUCGCCCGCCGGUUCGCAGCCAUCGCUCUCGCGCACUAACACAGCGCCUCAGUACGACCCCCGCAUCGAGGAUGAGCGCAGACGCAAGGAAGAUGAGAGACGUAGAAUGCUCGAAAAGCAGCGCAUAUACGAAGAUGCUCAGAGAAGAGAGGCACAAGAGCUGGCAGACUAUAACGCUAGUCUGCCCAAACACAAGCUGCCCUUGGCUCAGCAAGAAGUUGGUGGUGGCGGCUACUCGAACGAUCGUGAUGCCAGCCCUUCUUCGAGAUACCAACCUUCCAGACCCGCUCCCUCUGCACCUUCUCCGUCAAGCCAGAAGGUCAACCCAGUCCGCCAACUGACCGCUCAGCGACAGGCCCCCACAGCACCAUCUGCCAAUGGCUCAUCUUCCAUUCCCAGACCCAGCCAAUCUUCUCAGGGACAACACUCUCCCAACAGUCAGAGAAAGCCCAGCGGCCAGGCUGGCGUUCACAUGCCUUCUGGCUCAUCGCAACAGAGAGAACACUCUCCCGCCGCUCCCAAGCCCCUCAAUGUUGCCUCUAAGCAACCGACUGGCGCGCCCAUGGACCCCAUCAAGAAGGCUGAGAUGGCUCUCACUGCUGCUCCACCUAAGAAGGAGGAACCCAGAAAGGAUGUGCGCAUGUCGAGCAUGACCGAUGCCCAGGUCAUGGAGAAGUUGCGCGAAGUUGUCUCCAAAGAGCGUCCCCUCGACUCGUACAACAAGCAGAAGAAGAUUGGUCANGGUGCUUCUGGAUCCGUUUACGUUGCUCGUAUCCGCGAAUCUGCCACUUCGCCCACUGCCCGCCAGCAAUUGCGUGAGAACGGCCCUAGAGCCCAGGUUGCUAUCAAGCAGAUGGAUCUCCGCAACCAGCCUCGCAAGGAAUUGAUCGUCAACGAGAUUAUCGUCAUGAAGGACAGCAAGCACCCCAACAUUGUCAACUUCCUCGAUGCUUUCCUUCAGGAGGAGAGCAACGAGCUGUGGGUUGUCAUGGAGUUCAUGGAGGGUGGUGCACUCACCGAUGUCAUUGACAACAACCCCAGUAUCUCCGAGCCCCAGAUUGCUACCAUCUGCCACGAAGUAAGUGAUGAUCUACAACCAUCAACCCAUGAUAACAAGCUAACAAGAACCUCCAGNACUUGCAAGGGUCUCAUCCACCUUCACCAACAGAACAUCAUUCACCGUGAUAUCAAAUCAGACAACGUCCUGCUUAGUUCGCGAGGCAACGUCAAGAUUACUGAUUUCGGUUUCUGUGCCAAGUUGACCGAGCAGCGCAGCAAGCGUGCCACCAUGGUUGGAACACCCUACUGGAUGGCUCCCGAAGUUGUCAAGCAGAAGGAGUACGGCAGCAAGGUCGACAUCUGGUCCCUGGGUAUCAUGGCCAUCGAGAUGAUCGAGUCCGAGCCUCCAUACCUUAACGAGGAGCCUUUGAAGGCACUUUACCUGAUCGCCACCAACGGCACACCACGUCUGAAGAAGCCUGAAGCCCUUAGCAAGGAACUGAAGAGCUUCUUGAGCGUCUGCUUGUGUGUUGAUGUCAAGUCUCGUGCCACUGCCGAGGAGCUUGGUAGACACGACUUUCUCAAGACGGGCUGCAACCCCAACAUGCUCGCCGAGCUUCUGAGAUUCAGAAAGCAGAGUGGCCACUGA